CACUGGUUACUAUGGCAACCCGACUUUUCCCGCCAUUUAUUAACGACGUAUGAACGUGAGUCGGCUGCUCAAAACAUAAAUAACCGAUAACCUUUGCCGUUAUAGGCCUAAGGUUAUUUAUUCACUGCGGUAUCUCCAAACAGUUCACAAUUGAACGGUUUAUAUAACGGUAAAAAGGUCGCUUUGUGUCGUUGACCUUGCCUACGCUAGCGCCGCGGACAUGCACGAAGCGCAAGUACCGGUGGAAAAAAUCACAAAAGAUUAAAAAGGUUUGUGGUUUUUCAGUGUGUUUAUUUACCCACGGACUCGCAUCCUGUUGUCGUCGAAUUCAGACCAUUUUUAAUCGUCAUUGACAGAGGAGACGGCGGAACGUGUGUUUAAAUGUUCAUCCCGACUGUUAACACGUGCUGAAACAGCCCAGCCACAGAUGCACAUUAGCACAUGGUCUGCCUCGGUCUUUGUGUUCAUUGUGAGUCUGCAGAAGCCAGACUGAAAGCCAAGUUGAAUCGAGGUGUGAUCUCCAUUCAACAACAUGGCAUACAAAACUGUCGUUAUCAUUCUUCUUGUUGCUGUUGUAGCAACUCUCCUGGUAGGCAUCCCAAAAUCCCCCAGGACAAUUACGCCGGCUAACCCAGAUGAUCCGGAGCGACUUCCAGAGGGUGUGGUCAAGAAAGUUCUCAUAGUUGGCGGGGGCCUUGCCGGCAUGUCUGCGGCUUUGGACCUGGCGGAGCGCGGGUACCAGGUGACGUUGCGGGAAGCGGACUCUGCCCUGGGAGGCGUCUACCUACAAUCCAAGCCGGUGCAGAAACUCGGACAGACGUUUAUCGUUGACAGAGGGAUGCAAGCCUGGUUCCACAAUUUCCACAGUGCCUGGGAAUUGAUCCAUCGCCUGGGCGUCGAAGACAAUUUCCGCCGUUGGGAGGUGCACGACGUGGUGUACAGGAAGUACGAACCGGAACGCAUGUACAGCCACGGCAUAUUCCCAUUGAAUCUUGCCGGCAUGAUCUUCCGUAGCCCCAAUCUCAACAUCAUGGAGAUCCUUCUGUGGCUGCGCUGCGCCUGGGAUUUCAUCAACUACAACCAUGACACCAACUUCAAGAGAUGGGACUCUAUCUCCUUCGACGAGUACAUGGACAUGUUUGACAUCCAUCGUGGGUUCUAUGACAUCGUCCUGGAGCCCGGCAUGAAGGCCAGUUACCAGGACAAGUCCACGUUCAGCGCUGCCGAGAUGUUCCUCUUCUCGCACAUGUUCUACGUCAGCAACCCUCAGGCUGAUUAUCGAGAUAUAGCUAAGAUGAACCAAGCGACGGCCAUCAUCAACCCGUGGGCUGACAAGCUUCGUUCACUCGAUGUCAAGAUUGAAAUGGGAUCGUCUGUUGACAGCCUCAUCUUUGACAAGAGUGGUAAAAUCGUGACCGACUCGGGACAUCCAAAGGAAAGCUACGAUCACGUGAUUCUGGCAGCAGGCCUCAAUAGCACCAAAACUAUCUUCAGGAACUCCCUCCAGCUUUUGAAGGAUGCGAAGGACAGGUCCACUCGCGACCGUCUGAACAAAGUCCUCGAAAAGCACCUCGCAAAGUUGCCCCUGGCUCCGCCGUUCAAGAUCCUCACGGUGUGGUUCGAUAAACGUCUCCAGGGUGACUACAACCCCGCCAUUGUUCAGACACCUAGCUUUCAACCAAUCACUAUCAUCACCCAGUGUCACAUGAUCAACGAGGACUAUGCACAAUGGGCCAAUAAGAGCGGUGGAUCCGUGCUCGCGUUCCAAAUGUUCGCGUGGGAACACGGCAAGAUUCCCGAUGACAAACUGUGGAACUUUGUCGCGCCGACCGUCAGGGAGAUUUUCCCUGAGAUUUUUCAGAGGGGCUUUAAAGUCCUCGCGUACCAUGUCGACGGCGCGGAUACCUAUCCGUCCUACCAGAAGGGACUUGCGAAGUACCGGCCAACCGCGACUUUUCCAAAAGAAUGUGGCUUCCCGAAUCUUGCCUUUGCAGGAAACUGGCUCCAUGCCAAAUACCCUACCGCGCUAAUAGAACGACCCAUAGCAACCGGGCGUGAAGCGGCCAAUCAGAUUCUCUUAUCUGAUCGCGUGAGACAGUCCCCACUCAUUGUUACGGACUCCCACGGACCUGGGUUUUUCCAAUACAUGUAGCAGAAUUUGUUUACGAUUUUUGUUUUGUGUUUUAAACAAAAGUUGUUAUUUUAACCUUUUUACAUUGAACAUUUUUACAAACUGAUCUAUUUAGCCCUACGUUUGCAGUUUGCCAGUUUCAUCUUUGUUCAGUUGUGAUUUAUUUGACAAUCUUUUUAAUAUCUGUAGAAUUUCUGAGGUUCCAUGUAUAGAUAUUUGAAUAUUUAUAGCUUUCCUAAAUUUCCUGGAUAUUCUUCAAACUUUAAAAAGUUAUAAACUUAAAAAAAAAUUAUCCUUCUUAAAGGGAAUAUACAUCAUUUGCUUUUGCUGUAAUUUUCAGAAACGGAUGGAUUUGGGGGUUGGUAAUAUAUAGCAAAUAUUGUUUCGAAGACUUUUUUGACGUUUAGGGCUUGUAGGUGCU